GGCGGUGGUGCGGCCGCGGCCGCGCCGCGGCCAGGGCGAGCAGCAGCAGGCCGGCGCCGCGCAUCGCGCCUGCACCGGACACCUCGCCGCGAGCAGGCUGGUUGCACUUGUUCUCCCCGUGCGGUUGCAAGCCAGGCUUGCUUUGAGCUAAGCUGCUUGCUAGUGUGUGUGUGUUGUUAUAGCCCCCCUCGUCGCCGGGCUAGCCUAGCUAGCCUCAGCUUAACCGACGGGUUUUGCGCGCGGUCUUGCGGGACCCCUCCCCGCCCCAGGGGACUCGUCGCAGAGGUCGUGCAGCGAUGUGCGGGAAAAAAAAAAGGGAACCGCCGCCACACAACCUUGAGUCUGCUGAACGCGGACGCGAAGGCGCUUUGCUUGAGACCCGACCCAGAGCUAGUCAAGGUAUUUGGGAUCCCGCGGCGCCACCGCUCCGUGGAGUCGUGCCCGAGUGCCCGUGCCGACGGUGUCUCCGUAGCCCCCCGCCGGCCCGCCGCCGCGCCCGCGGGGGAGUCGCGAAAAACACCCCCGCGUUCACGAAGGACCCGAAGAGUUGUCAUCGGAAGUGGCUUGAAUUGCUGGGGUGAGUCAACAUCGCCAAUGAAGGCCCGUCGACCCGUUGAAUUGCGAGGAAGCCGAGGAUGAAUCGCCUACUUGCCCUACAUGUCACGUCGCGCCGAGACGCCGCCAUGACGCGUUCGCGAGGCCCUCGCGCACGCCCGGUCAGACCCUGAGCUUAGAAAUCCUGCGGAGAUCAAGUGUCGUCCUCCUCCUCCCCAUCAGAGCCAGAUUCAGAGUCAGACCCGGUCGUGCGAUAC